AUUUCCUAAUAGUCUUCCAAAUCUAUCACUCGAAAUGGAGGGGAAAAUGGUUUUCUACAAAUCCAAGAAGAAUGUAGUAGCCAUUUUUUUCAUCCUGGCUCUACUGCAAAUCAUGGUUGAUAAAUCUGAAAGUUGUGGUAUUACCGAAGAAAAAUGUUCAUCUUUCUUAUUUUUUAAUAAUUGUUGUCCGGGAUAUAGAUGCAGCAAAGGUGCUGGUCACAAAUGUGUAGAAGACCCCAAGCAACGUUGCACGCCUGUUGGGGGAUUAUGCAACGAUUACAACCCCUGUUGUGGAAAAAGCAAAUGUUUAGGCGGUGUUUUUGACGGCCAUUGUCAACAACCUUGAGUAUCACAAGGCUCGUUUAUGUGGAGCUUUAUUUCAUUUGAGUUUGUUAGAUUGGCUAUUUUAAUGGUUGUUCCAACUAAUAAAUAAGAAGUACUAAAGAUAUAAAGUACUCCUUUAUCAUUGUAACACUAAUUUACAAAAUCAGUAUUGUAAUACACUUGAAUUUUUUCAUGUGUGAUUUGAAAAAUAUAUAUAAGAGUAUAAACAUUCGAAUUAAUGACUUAAUGUAAGAUAUUGUUCAAAUUUAAUCAAUAACAUAAUACUAAAACAGACACCAAGAAUGACACAUGUCACUUCCUGGAGCUGUCAUUUUC